CUCCCCAGAGCGUCGAUCCUUCGAUAGGUGGGAAGCAUUGCAUUGCAUAUGGGCUGUGGUCCAACCCUGCAUGAACACUUGGGUCACGAGCACGCAAUUGGGGUUCGUACUUACGAGCGAGGCACGCCAUUUGUCGCACGGGCCGCCGUUGGCGAUGGGCGAUGUCGUCGUGUGACCUUGGAUGAGGUGAGAGCACGUUGGGAGGCGCGAGGGACGAGAGAUUGCUUGGCUUCGUACGACUUCAUCUUCGACAGAUUGAGCAUCGCAUCUGAUCUCCCUCCCAUUCGCUUCAUUCAAGCAUCACCUCGAAGCGCGGCCAAUCAUGACGGCCUCUCUGCACCAACCGACGCUCAACCGCCGCGAUACCGAGGUGACGGUGGAGCAGGAGAGUCCAGACGCCAACGAAGAUGGCACGCGACAGCUCGGCGGCAACGCAAGUUCGAGCGAUGACGAGCUCAAGAAGAAAGAUCUUGCCGGCGAGGACGGCGCACCUGGUGCUGGCGCUCUCAGCCAGCUUAGCGACGAUACCGAGGCGAACAAGCCUCAGUCGCAGGGAGAGCUUGCACAGGGACGCCAAGUGGGUACUUUGAGCGCGACUUUCUUGAUCGUCAACCGUAUCGUGGGGACCGGUGUGUUCUCCACGACGAGCACCAUCCUCACACAGAGUGGAAGCGUUGGCAUGAGCCUUCUGUACUGGGUCAUCGGUGCAAUCGUGGCCUUUGCUGGUUUCAGUGUAUACUCGGAAUUCGCCACGAUGAUGCCCAAAAACGGUGGCGAGCUCAAUUAUCUCCAACACGCCUACCGCAAGCCGCGGGGCCUUGCCGCUGUCAUGUAUGCGGCUCAGGCUUUCCUCCUUGGACAGGCAGCAGGCAACGCUUAUUCAGCUGGGCAAUACUUUCUCAAAGCUGGAGCUUCCAAUGGAAGGGGCAAUGCCUCUGAAUGGCCAGCGCGGGCGAUCGGUGUCGGUGUCCUCUUUGCGGCGCUCAUCAUGCAUUCUACGGCACUCAAGUGGGGAUUGCGCUUUCAGAAUGCCCUCGGCACCUUUAAGCUCAUCAUCCUGACGCUUAUCGCCUUUUCGGGCUUUGCAGCCCUAGCUGGCCGCUCUGUUGCGGGUACGGCGGGGACUGCAAACUUCAAGAACGCCUUUGUCGGCACAAGGGGUGACGUUUUCUCAAUCUCAAACUGUCUCUACAACGCCAUCUGGUCGUAUCAAGGCUAUUCCAACUGUUUUUACAGUCUUGGUGAGGUCCAGAACCCCGCACGCCUCAUGCGCAGGGCAGGGCCAUUGGCACUUCUGGUGAUCGCAGCCCUCUAUGUGCUCGUUCAAGUCGCCUAUUUCGCCGCCAUCCCACUGGAAGGAGUCGCCGCCAGCGAGCAGAUCAUUGCCGCCGACUACUUCAAUAACAUGUUCGGCGGCCGCUCUCGUCAAGCUCUUUCGGUCUUCGUAGCUCUCAGCGCUGUAGCCAACGUAUUCAGCGUCGUCUUCUCACAGGGCCGUGUCAAUCAAGCUCUCGGACGCGACGGACUCAUCCCCUUUGGCAAAUUCUUCGCAUCUUCCCGCCCGUUCAACACCCCUAUGGCCGGCCUGGCAUGGCACGUAGCCAUGACGCUCAUCAUCCUCUUGGCGCCUCCUCCUGGAGACACUUAUCAAUUGGUCUUAGCCUUGUCGAGCUAUCCUCUCAACGUUGUUAACGCCGCAGUUGGUCUGGCGUUGCUGGCUACGUACGUGCCCCGCUCCUGGCGCCCGGAGUGGGCGCGCGAUUGGGCGAGUCCAUAUCGCGCCUCCCUUCCGGUGACCCUCUUUUUUAGCCUCAUUUCCAUCUUCCUCUGCGUCGGGCCUUUCAUUCCGCCAGAGAGGCGGCAGGACGCCGUCUACGCCCACUUGUGGUACGCACUAGCCCCCGUCAUUGCCCUGGGCUUGUUGGGCCUUGGAGCCCUCUGGUGGGUCGUGAGAUGGUGGGCUCUGCCCAAGAAGGGAGGCUAUGUGCUCGAGCCCGUUGAGAGGACGCUCAGUGACGGCAAUGUGGUGACUGCUUGGGAGAAGAGGAAAGUUGAAGCUGUCAGCUCGUAGGCAGAUUUAGGAGAGCAAGGAAACGGACAAUGAGUCAAGCGCGCAAAGCAACGCAGCAGCAAACGAUGAUACCCCAACAAACGCAGAUCCAACUCUCAACCGACAGACAGACUCAGUCACUAUGUAGCAUCAUGCAAUUCACAACACCUCCAACAGGUCAACAGCCUCUAUCUGAUUGUUUCGUCUAGUGCAAAAGAUUAAAUAGACG